AUGAAACAACAUAAAAUUACUACGCUAAUAGCCACAAUUGCAGCACUAUUGCUAUCAUGCACUGCCACGCGUCAGUGUGUGAAUUGUGGCCCACACCCAGUUCCAUAUCCGUUAAGCACCGGACCGGACUGCGGUGACCCGAGUUAUAAAAUCCGGUGCAUCGGAGGUAUAUUGUGGUUCGACGCACUUGCCGGGUCAUCCUACAUGAUCAAGUCCAUCAACCCGACAACCCGCCAUAUCAUAAUCCAACCUGCCACACUUGAUAGAAGCGCGUGUGUAUCGACGGACUUGCAUUUUGAAGGCAUUCGCCUCAAUGAAACCCUUCCUUUUGCCGUUGCCACCGGCAACACUAUCAUUUUGUUGAAUUGUACCAUCAACGCGCCUCACACGCCGCCACUCGACUGCUCCGCAAGUAGCCCGUGCCACAGUUACAUUAAGGACCAUAAAGAUGCCUACGCGUGCGGGCGUGUGGCAACUUGUUGUGUCUACAAAACCAGUGGGCCCCACAAGGAGUACGAGGUUCGGGUUCGCGGUAGUGGUGGUUGUGCGGCGUAUCAGAGUUUUGUGGACUUUAACGGUGUGUCGGGGACACCAGGGAAUGGGUGGCCAGAUUUAGGGGUUGCAAUUGAGUGGGUGGCACCACAGGAACCGGUUUGCAAGGGGCCAAUGGAUUGCAAUGCAUUGUUGAAUUCCAAGUGUGGAGUGGGUCCCACAAGUGGUGGGGUGCAAAGGUGCUUGUGCAUUGCUGGCUUCAAGUGGGAUCCUGCUAAUGGGUUAUGUCAAGGUCUAGGAGGUCAAGCUCAAACUCAAGUUCAGAGUCAAAUUUCAACUGUGGCUGCUUCCUUAGGUGGAAUAAUCACCAUUGCAGUAGUAAUUGGAGCCCUUUUAUACAAGAAGCAAAUUGAAAUGAAGAAAAAAGCAAAGAAAACCUCGAACAAAAAGAAGAAAGAAAUACUCACAAGUGCCAAAGCAACUCCAUUGUCAUCAAGGAUCUUCACGGGCAGAGAGAUCAGGAAAGCAACCAACAACUUCGCCGAAGAAAACCUCAUCGGCUCUGGUGGCUUCGGCGAAGUGUUCAAAGGCACCUUUGAUGACGGAUCCAUAACUGCCAUCAAGCGUGCCAAACUUGGAAGCACAAAAGGCAUUGAUCAAAUCCAAAAUGAAGUUAAGGUACUCUGCCAAGUUAACCACAGAAGCCUAGUGAGACUCCUUGGUUGUUGCUUGGAGCUAGAGCACCCUUUACUAAUUUAUGAGUAUAUUUCUAAUGGGACACUCUUUGAUUACCUCCAUCGUCUCCCUUUGGUCGGAGUAGGCGAAAGGCAACCACUUAAAUGGCACACAAGACUAAAAAUCGCACACCAAACAGCCGAAGGACUUUCAUAUCUUCACUCUGCGGCCGUGCCCCCAAUCUACCACCGAGAUGUAAAAUCUAGCAAUAUUCUUCUUGAUGACAAGUUUGAUGCCAAGGUUUCUGAUUUCGGCUUGUCUAGGCUUGUUGAAUUAGCUGAAGAAAACAAGAGUCAUAUCUUUACGAGUGCGCAGGGGACUCUUGGAUACCUCGAUCCGGAAUACUACCGAAACUUUCAACUGACCGAUAAGAGUGAUGUUUAUAGCUUUGGAGUUGUGUUAAUGGAGCUACUCACUGCUCAGAGGGCUAUUGACUUUAACAGGGAGGAAGAGAAUGUGAACUUGGCAGUGUAUGCUAAGAAGAAAAUAGUUGAGGACAGGCUUAUGGAGGUUCUUGAUCCGUUGCUUAAAGAUGGAUCUAGCAAUGUGGAACUGGAAACUAUGAAAUCUUUGGGUUAUCUUGCAGCUUCAUGCUUGGAUGAUCAGAGGCAUAAAAGGCCUUCUAUGAAAGAGGUUUCUGAUGAGAUUGAAUACCUUAUUAAUGUUGUUAAGGGUCAAGGUUUCAAAUCCAAACUAUAGACUUACUAUGUUCCUAUUCCCCCCGUAUCAAAAUAACUUUUCCUUUUAUUUUUUAAUACAUCAGUUUUAAUAAUGACUCUAGACCCCUAAAUAAGAAUAAAAAAACUAUGUCAUUUAAGUUAUAACUCCUUGAUACAUCUCAUUUACUAUUGAAUGGGAUGUAGAACUUAUUUUGA